AUGGCAUCUGGGUGUAAUGUUUGGUGUAUAGUUUCUACAGUACUGUUGUUGUUUCUGAAUUUGAAACCUUUGGUUUGUGGUGAACCACAAGUCCCUUGUUACUUCAUUUUUGGAGACUCAUUGGUGGAUAAUGGCAACAACAAUGACCUUUUGACUCAGGCCAGAGCCAAUUUCCUCCCUAUGGAAUUGAUUUUCCCGAUGGUCCAACCGGGAGAUUCACCAACGGCCGGAAUAUGGCCGACAUUUUGGGUCUGUUUCUUAUCCACCCCCUUUCUCCCACCUAACUUCAUCUAUGGGAAAGUUAUACCUGAACUUCUAGGUUUUGAUGAUUACAUUCCUCCCUUUGCAACUGCAAGAGGCCAGGAUAUUCUCAAAGGUGUGAAUUAUGGAUCUGGGUCAGCUGGAAUUCGAGAUGAAACCGGACAACAACUGGGUGCUCGGAUCAGCUUGAAUGCGCAGUUGUCAAAUCAUAAAAUCACAAUUCGGCACAUUGCUACCUUACUAGGGAGUAAAGCUUUAGCAAAAGAGUACCUAAGCAGCUGCUUAUAUACCGUUGGAAUGGGCAAUAACGACUAUCUCAACAACUACUUUAUGCCACAGUUCUACCCAACAAGCAGCCUAUAUACACCAGAGCAGUAUGCCAAAGUACUUGUUAAACAAUACUCUCAACAGCUAAAGACUUUGUACAAGUAUGGAGCAAGAAAAAUAGCUGUUUUUGGGCUGGUCAACUGGGUUGCAUUCCAGAAGCCUUGA